AUGGCUGCUUCUGGCCAGCUCCCGGUGACCCAGGACCUGUCCUCGUUACGUGCCAAGUUGCAGAAGCUGCUGCGGUUCCUGAGGGAAGCCCUGCCCAUUUCUAAUGCACAUACGGUGGACUUCUACACGGAGUCUGUGUGGGAAAAACUGGUUGACUUGCCCCCAGAGACGGUGCUGUCGGCGCUCAGGACGUCCGCGGCGGCGUCAGAGGCGUGCCCCCUAGAGGAAGCCGGGAGAAUGUCAGAUGUUACUGAUUUUCCAAAAAUAUUUUGUGAAACUUCCCAGAAGCUGGUGAAUGUGGAAGCGUUUGCUCUGGCUGCAAAGUAUUAUUCUGUACAAAACUUGGGAAUAUGUACUCCUUUUGAUCAACUGCUUGUGGCCCUUCAUGGAAAUCAAAAACAGAGAACUGAUGAAAAUGUGAAACUUGAUGAGUUUAUGAAUUUGAAAAAAUCUCACGAAGUUCAGGCAAUGUCAGAACUCAUCAGCAGUAUUGCUGAAUACUGUGGAAUAAAGCAGGUAAUUGACCUGGGUUCUGGAAAAGGCUACCUAAGCUCCUUUUUAUCCUUAAAGUACGGCUUAAAAGUUUAUGGAAUCGAUUCCUCAAAUACCCGUGGAGCCGAGGAGAGAAACAGGAAACUGAAGAAGCAUUGGAAAGUCUACCGUAGGCGGUCAAAACCAGACGUCAGUGGACUGGCAUUACAAACAGCAAAAGAAAAGAAAGUGCAAGAUGAAGCUAAAUGUAAAGCAGACACCGAGGGCGUAGGUACCAACAGUACUGCAGGUCAAGGGAAGCCAUCAACCUCAGACUUUUUAUCGGAGUUUUCAGGUUCUGUGAUUUCUGACAUCAGAAGACAAAUGGAAAACUUAAAGGUUUAUUCACACCAAGAGGAAAAUUUGUGUUUUGAAAAUGCCUUUUCUCUUAGAGACCUUUUGCCUGUUAAUGCCAUAGACCCUACUUCCUCAUCCCAAAUACCUAAGAGAAAAAUGUCUGAAGCAAGUAAAGAGAGAAGAAAAAUUACUUCAAAGUCAAAUGAAUCAAAUAUAUAUUCACCUUUAACAUCUAUUAUCACUGCUGAUUCAGAACUACAUGAUAUUAUUAAAGAUCUGGAGGAUUGUUUGAUGGUAGGUCUACAUACUUGUGGUGACCUUGCUCCAAACACUCUGCGAAUAUUCACUUCCAAGUCUGAAGUCAAAGGAGUUUGCAGUGUGGGUUGCUGCUAUCACCUCUUAUCUGAAGAGUUUGAAAACCCACAUAAAGAAUAUACCCAAGAAAGGUGGGGAUUUCCAAUGUGCCACUAUUUGAAGGAAGAGAGAUGGUGCUGUGGCCGUAAUGCCAGAAUGUCAGCCUGCUUGGCUCUGGAGCGGGUUGCAGUUGGCCAAGGGCUGCCUACUGAGUCCCUCUUCUAUCGUGCCAUACUUCAGGAUAUUAUUAAAGAGUGUUAUGGCAUCACCAAAUGUGACCGGCAUGUUGGUAAAAUUUAUUCCAAAUCCUCUUCCUUUCCGGAUUAUGUUAGAAAGUCUCUAAAGAAGCUUGGGUUAGAUGAGUCCAAGCUGCCAGAAAAAAUUAUAAUGGACUACUACGAGAAGUAUAAACCUAGAGUGAAUGAACUGGAGGCUUUUAAUAUGUUGAAAGUUGUUCUAGCUCCUUGCAUAGAGACCUUGAUUCUUCUGGAUCGACUUUGCUACCUGAAAGAGCAGGAUGAUAUCAUGUGGUCUGCGCUUGUGAGGUUGUUUGAUCCUGUGAAAUCUCCCAGAUGUUAUGCCAUUAUUGCCCUGAAGAAGCAGCAAUGAUUUCAAUUGAAGCAAGGUAUUAGCUAUAUUUGUUUGUGGCAUCUUUUGCUAAUUUUGUUUUUCUAAACAUUAGUACAAUGUUAUGUAAAUAUUUGAACAACA